AGAUCGCUUUCGGGGAUCGGAUCAGUCUCUGGCUGGAUAUUCACGGAGAAGACCACCACAUGGACAACUGCGGCAUCAUCGACCUGCAGGCCCAUCUGUCUACGGCUCUGGCCAAGCAAGACAUCCGACAGUUCACGGACGCCCUGGACAGAGGAGCCCAAGCCGACCUGCAGGACGACCGCGGCGCGAACAUCUUCGAGAAGGCGCUCUCCACACCGGGCUGCAGGGACUUUAUAGAGGCCUGCCUCGACCACGGCAGCCAGGUCAACUACAUCAAUCAGAAGCUGAACAAGGCCGCAGUCAACUAUGCCGCCGACUCCAGGGAUCCCGGAAACCUCGCAGCACUUCUGCGACCCCGUCCGGGCCAAAAGGUCCAGGUGGACCGAAAGUAUGCGCAACUUACGCCACUGAACUCGCUGGCCAAGAAUCUCACAGAGGAGAAUGCCGCGGCGGUACUAUCCUGCAUGCAGCUUAUGCUGGACUACGGCGCCUCGCCCAACACCGUGGACCAGGGCCAGUUUACGCCUCUGCACCAUGUGCUCAGGAAGAGCAAGGUCCAGGGCAGGAAGCAGGAAAUCGUCCAGCUCUUUCUGGCGCACCCGGAGCUGGACAUUGACAGCUAUCGAAAGGGAGAGGUGCGCCGCCUACUGCAGGCGCAGUUCCCAGAGCUCCCACUGCCGGAAGUGCGCCAGACCGGACCGGAGAUCAACAGCCAGACCCUUCACCAGACCCUGGGCGAAGACGAAGGACUGUUCGAGCAGCAGUUCGCAGAGUACCGGCAGGACAACCAACUCAGCACCCACCAGGAGGAGUACUUUAGUCUGCUGCAGCAGAGCAUCAAGAAGGGCAGGCAAAGAGCCUUCGAAGCCAUUCUAGCGUCUGGCAUCGACAUCAACUCGAUGCCUCCUAAGCCUAACGAAGCGAAUCUUGUCGAGACGGCCGCCAUCUUCGGCAACUGGCAAGCCCUGGAGCGACUGCUGAAGGAGCCAAGCCUGCGUCUGACCAAAGAUUCCAAGCUACUGAACGCUGUUAUAAGUCGUCUCGAGGAACAGCCAUAUGAUGAAUUCAACCACCAGCGCUGUUUCGAGUUGCUCAUAGAAUCCGAUCUCGUGGACAUCAACGAGGCCGACUCAGGGCGUCUGACGCCCCUUUCCUAUGCGGUGUUAAAUCGCAAUACUGUGGCGAUGAAGAAACUCUUGGACAACGGCGCCUACAUUGGCUCCAAGAGCCUGUUUGGAACGCUGCCCAUCCAGGACAUGCCACCCGAGGUUCUAGAGGAUCACUUCGACUCUUGCAUCACCACAAACGGAGAGAAGCCGGGUGAAAGACACUUCGAGAUCAUCAUCGAUUACAAGAACCUGAUGCUCCAGGAGAGGGGUUCUGGAGCGGGCCAGCCUCCCGCUCCUUCCAAUCAGCUGCACGACGAGAUGGCCCCAAUCGCGUUCAUCGCAGACUCAAAGGAGUUUCGCCACCUGCUUCAGCACCCGCUGAUCUCGAGCUUUCUUUUCCUUAAGUGGCACCGGCUGUCCGUGAUCUUCUACCUGAACUUCCUGUUCUACUCGAUCUUCACCGCCUCCAUCAUCGCCCACACACUCCUGAAGUACCACGAGAGCGAUUACACAGCUCUCACCGUUUUAUUCGAAGUACUCUCUUGGAUGGGGAUCGGCUACCUCAUAAUUCGGGAGGUCAUCCAGUGGGUUAUGGCUCCAGUACGGUACUUUUGUUCUAUAACAAACGACAUGGAGGUGGCUCUGAUAAUCCUAUCCAUCUGUACCUGCAUUGAAUCCAACUUCGACAAGGAGACGCAGCGCGUCCUGGCAGUCCUAACCAUCUUGCUGGUCGCCAUGGAGUUCUGCCUGCUGGUGGGCUCCCUGCCAGUGCUCUCCAUUUCCACCCACAUGCUCAUGUUGCGCGAGGUCUCGGGAACCUUCGUGAAGAGCUUUGCCCUCUAUUCGAUCUUCGUGCUGACCUUCACUCUGUGCUUCUACAUCCUCUUCGGUAAAGCAGAGGUGGAGGGAGCGGACGACGGGGACUUCAACACCUUUACCAAGCCCAUCGAGGCCCUGAUCAAGACCAUUGUGAUGAUGACGGGCGAGUUCGAUGCCGGAGACAUCAAGUUCACGAGUAUCUACACCUACCUCAUCUUCCUCCUAUUCGUGAUCUUCAUGACGAUUGUGCUGUUCAACUUGCUAAACGGUCUGGCCGUGAGCGAUACCCAGGUUAUCAAGGCGCAGGCGGAACUGAACGGCGCCAUUUGCAGGACCAACGUCUUGAGUCGAUACGAAAAGGCUCUUACUGGCCACGGGCGGGCUGGGUUUCUGAUGGGCAACCGCCUCUUGCGGAGCAUCUUCCAACGCCUGAUGAACAUCUACCCCAACUACCUAAGCCUCCGCCAGAUUACUGUGCUGCCGAACGAUGGGAACAAGGUGCUCAUACCCAUGAGCGACGCCUUCGAGCUGAGGACCCUCAAGGGCAACGACCAGGCGGGCUUCCAGAAGUUGCCCAUGAGUGCGAAUGUGACCCAUAAGAAACUGCUGGAUCCUCCGCUAAAAUUCCUGUCCUGCUGCUGCUCCAUGCUGAGCGGAAAGUGCUCCCAGGUGGACGCGCGGACGGUCAAAUUGGCGCUGGCGGUGAUCGACAAGAAGAACAGCAUAGAGCAGAGCCGAAAGCAGGAGCAGAUCAAGGACGCUCGAUUAAAGCUAAUCGAGCACCAGCUGGAGCAAGUCUUACAGCUGCUCCAGGACCGAAACUGACGACACCCUUAUUGUUUUGUAGCUACAGUAUUUAUUAGGCUAACCAAACUGAGAUUGAUGUGCAUUUAACAUUCAAUUGAAAGAACCAAUUUAGUCGGAAAUUGUUUUUAUUAACAUACGAGUAAUGAAGUUGAACAAAACCCUUAAUAAUUGUCAGUAAGUAAGUAGUAUAUAAUGGUUAUAUAGACAGUAAAUAUUGUAUAAACGAAUAUCUUUACUGUACCAUUUGUACCCGAGUAAAUAUUUAAUUUCAAAUGUUA